GGCUCAAAGGGCGAACCGGUCCGAUCCUUGGUGGUUUGAGUCCACGGGCAUACCCUCACAUGCCACGUCAUCGUCUCCUUCCGCUCACAGUCACUCAAACCAAAUCUGAGCUCACCCAAAACCAGACCACCACGCACGAAGAAAUUUCCCACCAGCUUCCCCCUAGGCGCGCAAUCGGAGUUGCUUAAUCGUGUUCUUCUCGAUGCGGCUCGAGCUGCGGAAUCAUACUCCCGUUUCCUCCAGCUCUAUCAAUCGUCUGGUUACAAGCUAUUAUUCAGAUAGAAGAGUGGUGGUUUUGGAUAAACUGAUAUUUAAUCGAUGUAAUACGAGGAUGAAAUCUAGCAUCAAGCUCUCAUGGCUAGUGGCGGAGAGUUUCGAUUGUAGCCACAGAUUUCCGGGUUUAAGGGAACAUUGGAAGUUAAGAAGGAAGGGAUACUGUUUUCCUUUUGUUUCGGCCGAUGAUGGGGUGACAGUUGAUGAGAGUAUUGAUCCAAGUACUAGUGCAGGCGUUGAAGAAAUGAGAGUAAAUCAUGUUCUCCCUAUGGAAAGUGAAGAGGAUAGUCGUGGACUUGUCCAAGCCCUUCAUGAUGCUGCUAGGGUAAUUGAGCUUGGAAUUAGACAACAUAACUCGUCAAGAAAACCAUGGUUCUUAAUUGGCUGGCCAGGAGUAGAUAGAACUGCUUGGGUUAAGGUGAUAUCUUAUCAGGCAUCAAUAUAUUCUCUACUUCAAGCAGUGAAUCAGGUUUCAUCUCAAGGAGAUGGAAGAGGCAGAGAUAUCAAUACUUUCAUCCAAAGAAGUAUAUCGAAGCUGUCUGCUCCACUGGAGAGUGUGAUUAAUAACAAACUAUUAACAAGCCAACAAGAAAUUUUUGAGUGGUUCUGGUCUGAGCAGAUCCCAGCUGUUGUGACCACAUUUGUUAAUUACUUUCAGAGGGAAAAAAGCUUUACUUCCUCUACUGCAGCGAGCAGGAGUGGGAUAUCAUCUACAAGGAACGCAUAUCAUGUACAGCUUCUCAUGCUUGCACUAAGUUGCAUUGAAGCAAUUAUAAAACUUGGUCCGGUGAAAGUUUCAUGUGAACAAUUCUUCUCAUCUAUUCCUGAGACCUUAGGAAGAUUGAUGGACAUGCUGGUUGAAAAUCUCCCUCUUCAACAGGCUUAUCAGUCAUUAAAGACUACUGGUUUGCAUAGAGAAUUUCUUGUCCAUUUUGGCCCUCGAGCUGCUGCUUGCAGAGGGAGAAAUGAACAAGGAGCUGAAGAGGCUGUGUUUUGGGUAGACUUUGUUCAGAAGCAGUUGCAGAGAGCUAUAGAUCAAGAGAGAAUAUGGUCCAGACUAACAACUUCUGAGAGUAUUGAGAUACUUGAGAAGGACCUGGCUAUAUUUGGGUUCUUCAUUGCCUUGGGGAGGACUACACAAUGUUUUCUUUCUGCAAAUGGGUUUGAUGCUAUGGAUAAGACUCUUGAAGGACUUGAGCCAAUUGAAAGGCUAAUCAGGUACUUAAUUGGAGGCAGCGUGCUAUAUUACCCUCAGCUUUCAUCUAUAAGUUCCUAUCAACUAUAUGUAGAGGUUGUAUGUGAAGAGCUAGAAUGGCUUCCUUUUUAUCCGGGAUUCAACAGCAAUAGCAAGUGUAAGUCCGGGCACAAAAUUGAUGAAGAACUUCUCCCAAAUGCUGAAGCUGUCCUCUUAGUAUUUGAUGUCUGCUCUUACUGGAUCCAGAGUUUCAUCAAAUACAGCAGAUGGCUGGGGAGCACUUCCAAUAUCAAGGCAGCUAGAUUUGUUUCAACAGCGCACAACAUACUUCAUAAAUGCGUGAGAGAGCUGGGGAUAGAGAAAAGUUCUACUGGAGCUUAUUCACGAACCGGGAAAGAACAAGAUUCCUUUGAUAAGGCAAUGGAGAGCGUUGAAGAAGCUCUAAUCAGGCUAGAGGGAUUGCUUCAGGAGCUGCAUGUGUCAACCCCCGGUAGUGGAAAAGAGCAUUUAAAAGCUGCUUGUUCUGACCUUGAAAGGAUAAGAAGACUUAAGAAAGAGGCAGAAUUUCUCGAGGCAUCUUUUCGAGCAAAGGAAGCUUCCCUGGAGCAGGGGGAUGCAGCAGCUUCUUCUUCACCUUUAAUUAAUGAGUCAAGGCAAUGUUCUGAAGACAAAAACAGCACAAGGACUAAUAAUACAAGCAACAUGGCAAGUGCCUUAAGGGGCUUUUUGUUACGUAAACCUAACAAAGCCAGAGAUGAUCCAUCAUCAUCUGCCACAAGAAGUGAUGAUGGAAGAGUUGAGCACAGUGCAGCAGAGAACAAUGGAACAAUUGUCUCAAAAUCAGAUGAUUUUCGUCGUUAUGAAACUCUACAAAGUGAGCUAGUAGAACUUGAGAGGCGCGUUCAAGAAAGCACUGAUCAUGAUGAAGAUGAAGAGGAGAUGAUUCAGAUGGUGGCAGAAAAGGCAAAACUGAUUCGUAAUAAGAAGAAAGAAAGCAUCAUUGGGAAUUCGUUGGACAAGCUAAAAGAGACCAGCACAGAUGUUUGGGAGGGCACUCAGCUUCUUGCUAUUGAUGUUGCUGCGGCUACAGAACUACUUGCAAAGACUGUUAUAAGGCAUGAUGAACUGACAGAAAAAGAAAAACAAGCACUCAAAAGAACCCUAACUGAUCUAGCAUCAGUUAUCCCAAUUGGUUUUCUUAUGCUUCUUCCUGUCACUGCAGUUGGGCAUGCUGCCAUGUUGGCUGCAAUUCAAAGAUAUGUACCGGCACUUAUUCCCUCCACAUAUGGACCAGAGAGACUAGCCCUCCUUAGACAGCUCAAGAAAAUGAAAGAAAUGGAAGCCGAGGCAACUCCCAUUGAAGAAAUGGAGUAAUACUUUUUCCCUCCCGGAUUUACCAAGUGGUCUUGCCUGUAAUGGACUGGAGAAUAGCUGCGGAAGAUGACAUGGGUCUCUGAGGACAAAUUUCUCAUUGCCCAAAAUGCCCAUGUGUUCAAUGAUCUACGGAAAGCCUCUGUUGCAUUCAUAGCCACGUGUACAUCUUCGCCUUCCUGGAAAUAAAUGCCCCUGCAAUUCCAGAAAUCGUUAGUACAUAAAAUUUAAAGUAUUCUCUCUCACUUGUGUCCUACCCAAGUUCUUGUUUUAUACAGUGGAAGAAGUCUCAUGUUCCCAAAAAAAAAUGUUGCGUUUUCACCCCGGGUAUUUCCAGUGUAUAACAACACAUUAUCCAUGCACGACGUUGAAUACACAGAGUAUCACGAUAUUGUUGUGAGGUCUUGUUUCAUGUUUUUCAUAUUAUUUCACUAGUUCACUUAUGUU